AGCCGUUACCUGGCUGAGUGAGAGGAGAGCUGACGGUUCGACUACGGAGAAAAUGUCAUCGUUUAAACCGUUCAUUUGGGAGACGCCUACUUAAAAACAUGUUUGAUAUUCGACCGGAGAAACAUCAUCAAAUUGAGUUUAACGUCGUUCUCGCAAUUCUUAGUUGGUUGUAGCGUGCCUUGUCAGGGCCAUGGCAUUGAAGGACAAGCUGGAAGCGGUGCUGAACGUGGGGCUGCGAGUCCCCAGCAUCAUGCUGCUGGAGAUACUCUACCGCUGGGAUGUCAGCUCCUUCUUCCAGAAGAUCCAGAGGAGCAGUCUCAACAACAACCCCCUCUUCCAGUACAAGUACCUGGCUCUCUACCUGCACUAUGUAGGUUACAUCCUCAGCCUGGUGCUCCUGACUCUGCCUCGUCAACACCUGGUGAAGCUCUACCUGUACGUGCUAACUGCCCUGCUGCUCUUCGCUGGACACCAGGUGUCCAGGGAUUAUGUCCGCAGUGAGCUGGACUCUGGGUACGAGGGACCGCUCUACCUGGAGCCACUGUCCAUGAACCGCUUCACUACCGCCCUCCUAGCUCAGCUGGUGGUGUGCACCCUGUGCUCCUGCGUCAUGCAGACCAAGAGGAUCUGGCUGUUCUCCGCUCACCUGCUCCCCCUGGUGGCCCGUCUCUGUCUGGUCCCCCUGGAGACCAUCGUGUUCAUCAACCGCUUCGCCAUGAUCUUCACGGGCCUCGAGGUCAUCUACUUCCUGGCCUCCAACCUGCUGGUGCCCUACAACCUGGCCAAGACCGCCUACAGGGAGCUGGUGCAGGUGGUGGAGGUGUACGGGCUGCUGGCUCUGGGGAUGUCCCUGUGGAACCAGCUGGUUCUGCCCGUCCUCUUCAUGUGCUUCUGGUUGGUUCUGUUCGCCCUGCAGAUCUACAGCUACUUCAGUAGCCGGGACCAGCCCACCUCCAGAGAGAGGCUGCUCUUCCUGUUCCUCACCAGUAUUGCAGAGUGCUGCAGCACCCCCUACUCCCUGCUGGGCCUGGUCUUCACUGUUUCCUUCGUGGCAUUGGGCGUCCUCACCCUCUGCAAGUUCUACCUGCAGGGCUACCGAGCCUUCAUGAAUGACAACACCAUGCACCGGGGGAUGACAGAGGGCAUCACGUUACUGAUCCUGGCUGUCCAGACAGGUCUGAUCGAACUGCAGGUCAUCCACCGAGCCUUCCUCCUCAGUAUCAUCCUCUUCAUCGUGGUGGCCUCCAUCCUCCAGUCCAUGCUGGAGAUAGCUGACCCCAUUGUACUGGCUCUCGGGGCGUCCCGGGACAAGAGCCUGUGGAAGCACUUCCGGGCCGUGAGUCUGUGCCUCUUCCUGCUGAUCUUCCCAGCCUAUAUGGCCUACAUGAUCUGCCAGUUCUUCCUCAUGGACUUCUGGCUCCUCAUCAUCAUCUCCUCUAGCAUCCUCACCUCACUGCAGGUGCUGGGCACCCUGCUCAUCUACAUCCUGUUCAUGGUGGAGGAAGUCCGUAAGGAGCCCGUACAGAACAUGGACGACGUCAUCUACUACGUGAACGGGACCUACCGGCUGCUGGAGUUCCUGGUGGCGCUUGUGGUGGUGGCCUACGGCGUGUCAGAGACAGUGUUCGGGGAGUGGACGGUGAUGGGCUCCACCAUCAUCUUCAUUCACUCCUACUACAACGUGUGGCUGCGCGCCCAGCUGGGCUGGCAGAGCUUCCUGCUGCGCAGAGAAGCCGUCAACAAGAUCAAGAGCCUUCCCACCGCCUCUGACCUGCAGCUGAAGAAGUACAACGACAUCUGCGCCAUCUGCUAUCAGGACAUGAAGUCUGCUGUCAUCACCCCUUGCAGCCACUUCUUCCACGCUGGCUGUCUCAAGAAGUGGCUUUAUGUACAGGAGACCUGCCCCCUCUGUCACAAACAGCUGAAGAGCCAAUCACAGCCUGCCAAUGCCACCGCAGCACCCGCCCAGGACAUUCUACCAGCCAAUCCCAACCCAGCAGAGGCUGGGCAAGGAGAGCCAGUGGCUGUUGUGGCUGAGGAGGACAAAACCGUUACUCAGAAUGGUGUUCCUGUUGAAGGGAGCCAAGCCAGCCCCUCUGCUAACCCUAACCUUGAGGGUAAGGCAGAGGAGAAUUCCCUGGGCCCCGAGCAGGCUGACACAGUGGACAGUGUGUAUUUGGAGGGCCAGGUGAAUGGUCUGUCACAGGGCUCGGGGGAGUCAUGUCUCCGGCAUCGCCAGCCCCAGCAGUCUGCCUCUUCACCUGCAGCAGCAACAUCCACAGCAUGUGGAGCUGAACUCUAGUCAGAACAGUCUGCCAGCCCCUGCUGCCUCUAAACCUCACUCCUGCAUACUACCACCUCACACACAGCUAAAGACUGAGUAACCAAGAUGGAGGUUGCUGGUUAACUGUUGGACUGACUUCCUAUUGUCACUAUCCAACACCUCCCCAUUAAUGAACUCAUCUAUUUGUUGGCCUGUUUCUUAGAUUUUGUUUUUAAACUCAUUAACAUUUCAUGGUUAUUAAUCCUAUAGGAUUGUAUGAAAUAUGAUGCAGACUUUAGUAAUGUUUGAUUCUGAGAUGCCAUACUGAACAUCAUUACAUUUCACUGUUGAGAAAUAUGCAUUGACUUCUCCCACUUGAUGACAAAAUACGUAAGUAGCCUUGUGUGAGCCAGAAACGCUCAUGGCAGCAGGUUCCUGUAGCAUGAGGCAUGUUGAUGUAUGAGUACACGCCCUGGACGGGACUCUUGUCCAGGGGUCGGCAACCCUGGUCCUGGAGGGCCGCAGGCACCUCAUGCUGGUUUUACCGGCCUGGAAGACCAGGUGUGUUGAAUUUAGUCAAUUACUGAAGUGAUCCGUUAGCUCAGUUGGUCAGGUGUGGUGCCUAGUUGGAACAACAUACUACAAAGCCCUAAUAUAAAUGUGUGUCUAUAAACAUUUAUAUUGUAUCUGAAGAGGAAUUUUGAUAUGCCUGCCAUUCAGUGUUAAAGCUGCACCCCCCCCCCAGUAUGACGUGAUCAGAGGCUUGUGUGAACACUUUAGUAACCCUCUCGGUUGAAGUGUGAAGAGAGCUGAUCACCGAUUUGAGGGAGUUACCAGCGCUGAAUUGACCUAAAACAGUAUUAUUUGUCACAAUUUUGAGAAUGAAUACAUAGUAUUAUGUAUGAUCAAACUUGUCAAAUGUUCCGUCAAUUAAUUGGUGGCCUUUGGACAUUUUCUUGAGUCUAUAUUGGGAGAAGCGGCUAAGAGGGUACAGUAUUUUACAUGCAUCAUGACAUCGACAGUUUGAAGAGGACUUUUAGCGUUUGAAAUGCGUUCCUAUUUGGAAUGGAAUGUUUCUUAUGAGAAGCCCUACAAAUUAUUAUUAUUUUAGUUUUUGUUUUGAAUACAAAGAAUGACAUGCUCUGUGAAUGCUGAUUUCCAGUCAAAUUGUUUUGGUGAGAAAUUUGCCUGGUGUUGCCUUUUUUAUUUUUACAAAACUGCUGAAUGUAGAAUUUGACAAUCUAAUUUUAACCUGUA